AUGGGAGAAGUAGGGGAGAUUUCAGAUGAGGUGGUCGUUCAGGAGACGACUAGCAAUCAGGAUAUUCCCACAGCUAGUGGGUCGGGUAUGGCUUCUGUAGAACGAAUUGAUUUAGUAACUCAUGGCGUACACGAUUGGAACGGGUUAAGAAAUAAUCUAGCUAGGAGUGGUUCCAAUACGGUUGAGCCAUCGAGCUCAGGAGUUCCGAGGAGGUAUGCGUAUGCGUAUCAAAGCCGGUUUCGUUAUCCUAGUCCAGAAAUUAUUCCCAAGAUUGAACCUCAGGAUCUGUUAGAAAUCGCUGGAAGUACUGCACAGACGUUCAAAGACAUCAACGCUGCGAUGAAGAAACGUGAAGAUGCCAAGAAUGCGUACAAAAAAAGCAGGAAGUCUUCUUCUGCAGUUGAGCCACCAGCCCCUGUCGAGAAGCAAACUUCCGCGAAGAAGAGGGGUAGGGAACGAGAUGAAAAAUCGCAGUCAAAGGAAAGUUCACUCAGCCAAAAGGCCGCCAAAGAAAAGGAAAAAACGAAGUCUCCAGAGAGAAAGGAAAAUGGAGGAAGGUCAAGUUCCAGAACCAGUACAAAGCGGAGCGUUUCAUCGUCUCCAGAGCCACCGUCCAGAGUUCACGACGACGAGCAACGAUCUUCUAAGAAGCGUAAGGAAAAGUCAGCGUCGACCAAGUCAACAUCGACCAAUAUCAAAGGAUGGACUUACGAGCAAAUUUUCAAGCAUUUCAAUCUGAGAGAGUUUACGAUUGACAUUUCGGAUUUCCCUCAUCAUGAACUUCAGGCGUCAACGAGUUCUCAAGAAGCUGUAGUGCCUCCG